GCCAACAUUGUGUGUAUUCUUUUUCUCUUUAUUAACCCAAGACCUAAAGUAGGAGAAUACAAAGCAAUCAUUGUAAAUAAUCGUGAUGAAUUUUAUAACAGACCCACUAAGCCUGCACAUUUUUGGGAUGAUACGAUUGUGGGAGGAAUGGAUAUUGAGGAACAUUGUAAAGGAGGUACAUGGUUGGCUGCUUCCAAAGGGGGCAAAAUAUCUUGUUUACUUAAUGUGUUUCAGCCAGCCAACAGUUUUACAACUGGCAAAGUCUCAAGGGGUUUCUUGGUUGUUGAUUACCUGAACUCGUGCAAGAAAGGACACCAAUACAUGGAAGAGGUUAAAAACUCGGGAAAGAUAUACAAUGCAUUCAACCUGAUUACGUUAGAUCCUGAAGGAAACUCGUAUGAUGUUAACUUUUACAACAGCGAGUCAAAAGUGAUACAUCAGAUACAGCCUGGGUUCCAUGGAUUUGGAAACUCCCCCCUCAUGAAGCCUUUCAAAAAAGUGGAGAAAGGUAAAACGAUGUUCCAAGAUUUGGUUAAUACUUAUGGGGAAAAAGAACACGAAGAAAAGCUUAUUACCGAGUUGUUUACAAUGAUGCAAAACAAAGACUUAAACCUCCCUGACUCACAGCUAAAAGAACAGGGCAAAGGGCACAUUGAGCAGUAUGUUAAUAAACUUUCCAGUAUUUGGGUUUCAUGCCUGGAUGCCAAUUACGGCACCCGAACCACAACAGUCAUACUUGUGGACCAAGAGGAUCAGCUUGUGUAUAGAGACCUUUCCUUCCUUUUCUCUUCAACCACGUGAGAAAUGUACUUGUACGUGAUUGGUGGACACCUCUCGGCGUGGUGUAAAUAAAGGAAGUCAGAGGCAGUCAGCAUUUCACUGAAGAGGCGAGCACGGUCUAUAUUUUCUCCACAUCAAAUAAAAAUUACUGUUAGUCAGACUGAAGUGUAAUUAAUGAAGGCUGAGGCUUGGACACGAGUAGAUAGCAAUAAUAAAUACAUAUACACAAAUUUUACAAAGGCACCAAAAAAAAAAAAAAAAACAGGAUGUUCAUAACCUCGAGCAGCUCGGUGACUGAAUUAUUGAUGACAUGAAGCAAGUAUGUGGCGGGUACCGAGUCGCGACAUC